AACACAUUUACUUUCAAUUGGGAAGCUUUUGGGAUUCCAUUUCUCAUAAAUGAUGUGGAACAGAGUUGUGCAAAGACUCAAAGUAUUGUGGAUGCAAGAACCACUCGUUUGUGUCACUGUAGUUAUGGUUUCAGCAGCAUUGCCCCUUCCUUUUGUUUUGCCUCCUUUAAUUGGUGAUCGAACGGAACCUCACAAGCCUACUGGAGCAAGAGCACUUCGAGAAUAUGGUUCUAUAUUUGAUAGGACAACCAACUGGAAAUAAGAGAUUGUUGACCGCAACAAGUGACCUUUGACGGUUAUCUGUUGUUAUAGUUGACAAGAACAGAAAAUAAAAUGAAAAUGAGUCAAGUUUAUUUAUCUUUCUUUGGGAA